AGGAGGCGGAUGAAGUCGCACGUCAGACAGUCGCAAGAGUUUUUUGUUCAAGAGUUAAGAAUGACAGCUCCAUUCUUCUUGUAAAUAGAUACUUUCUUUGUAAUCAUGAGCAGCCCUUCCCGGAGUUUGGGCGACCAGAAGGGCCUCAACGAGAGCCCCGCUCACAAACCCGACACGCCGCGCUUCAGGAGCUGGAGUAGUCUCCGUUUCUCCCGAUGGCGGAGCAACUCCCAGAAGGCUAGCUGUCCCGGGACGCCCUCCGCCAAGGUGGACAAGCGAAGCGACGUGAGUCAGACGCUCUUCUCGUUGGUGAAGACCCAUAACGAUGACUACACCGCUGACCCCGACGGCCUGCUGGCCCUAAACGGGGGGGACGAAGACGACGGUGAGGAAGCGCCGUUGGACCAGUCCACGUUCUUCCAAAAGCAGUUCGGAGCCAUGCUGCAGCCCGGCGUCAACAAGUUCUCCUUGCGGAUGUUCGGCAGCCACAAGGGUGUCGCUGCAGAGCAGGCCAGGGUCAGGUCUUUUGGGGUGUGGAUCAUCCAUCCUUACAGUGACUUCAGGUUCUACUGGGACCUCUUGAUGCUCAUUCUAAUGAUGAGCAACCUAGUAAUCUUGCCCUGGGGCAUCACCUUCUUCGAGGACCAGAACACUAUCCCGUGGAUCACCUUCAAUAUGUUAUCCGACACGCUUUUCCUCAUGGACCUGGUCUUCAACUUCCGCACGGGCAUCCAGGGCGAGGAUAGCCACAUUGUGCUGGACCCCAAGUGCAUCCGCCUGCACUACUUGCGCUCCUGGUUCUUAGUGGACUUCAUCUCGUCCAUCCCGGUGGACUACAUCUUCUUGGUGGUGGACCUGGAGUCUUUUCAGGACUCUACGGACGUGUACCGGACUGCCCGGGCGCUGCGAAUCGUGCGAUUCACCAAGAUUCUCAGCCUGCUGCGACUCUUGCGCUUAUCCCGCCUCAUUCGCUACAUCCACCAGUGGGAGGAGAUGUUCAACAUGACGUACGACCUAGCCAGCGCGGUGGUACGCAUCGUCAACUUGAUCGGAAUGAUGCUACUGCUGUGCCACUGGGACGGCUGCUUGACCUUCAUGGUCCCAAUGCUGCAAGACUUCCCCGCAGACUGCUGGGUGUCUAAAAACAACAUGGUGAAUGCCACAUGGCACAUCCAGUACUCGUACGCUCUGUUCAUGGCCAUGAGCCACAUGCUAUGCAUCGGGUACGGCGCCCACCCUCCGGAGGGCAUGAGCGACGUGUGGCUCACCAUGAUUAGUAUGGUGGUUGGCGCCACCUGCUACGCCAUGUUCCUAGGCCACGCCACCAACCUGGUGCAGUCUUUGGAUGCCUCGCACCGCCAGUAUCAGGAGAAGUACAAGCAAGUAGAGCAGUACAUGUCCUUCCACAAGCUGCCUUCAGAUGUCAGACAGAGGAUCCAUGACUAUUAUGAGCAGAGAUUCCAAGGCAAGAUGUUUGAUGAGGACAGCAUUCUGGGAGAGCUGAGUGAUCCUUUGAAAGAGGAAAUAGUCAGCUACAACUGCCGCGGUCUGGUAGCCAACAUGCCCCUCUUCGCAAACACCGACCCCCACUUCGUGACCGUGAUACUCACCAAACUGCGCUUCGAGGUCUUCCAGCCCGGUGACUACAUCAUACGGGAGGGAACGCUCGGUCGGAAAAUGUACUUUAUCCAGCACGGCACCGUCGUGGUCACCCCGCGAGGCAGCAAGGAUGUCAGACUUAGCGACGGGGCCUAUUUUGGGGAGAUCUGCCUGCUGACACAAGGUCGACGCACAGCAAGCGUGUUGGCCGAGACGUAUUGUCGUCUUUAUUCGCUUAGUGUUGACAGCUUUAACGAAGUGCUGGAAGAGCACCCGCUCAUGAGGAGGGCCUUUGAGUGCGUGGCCGUGGACCGACUGGGUCGGGUCGCCAGAAGGCCCAGCCAUCAGCCUACCUCAACUAAUGAACCGGUCUCUUCCCUCUGAAAGUACAGGACAAAAAAAAGAAACAAACUCAUGAGCAGUGAAGUAAAAAUACUUCAUUACUGUACUACUUACUAUAUGAUCCAUUUAAUUUUCUGUUAAUCACUUUUCUUGUAUUAUUCCAAAAAUCCUUCCUAAGAUCUGCUUUUGUGUAAAUAAAGUCCAGUAUUUAUGAAAUUGUGGGCAUAUUCAAGUCCAUGGUGUAAAUAAACUAUAUCCUCUGUAAAUCCAUACGUAGAUAUUUUUUCCUUGUGAAUACUGCUUUCGAAGAAUGAAUCUGUCAAUCAUGAAGGAUGUUGACAGCAGCUGGAUGGUAAGAAAUCCUCACUUUUGUAAUCUCUCAUGUAUGAAGAUGGAAGGGUUUAAUGCGUAAUGUUCACUAAGGAUAAGCUGCAGCAAUGUCAUGCCUCCAAAUGUACACGUCUUACACAUUGCAGUAUAUACAGUAUUUAAGGUUGGGUCAGCAAAUGGGAAGUUAAAAAGUUAUAGCAUAGU